GUCAGACAAUUCUAUAUCUAAACACUAUCCACUCCAUGCCAACUUCUAUGUUUUAACAGAAACACCUAUUUUAGUCAUCUGAAUUCCUCCUUGUUCCAAGAACAAUACUCAAUCAGAUUCUUCUCUCUCUAAUUAUACUUCUUGUAUGCUUUUACUAAUUAAAAACCUAGCAAAAUUCCAACUUGAAGAUCCUCAAUCCCUCUCUACUACCCUAAUUUAACAUAAACCACUCCAACAACCCAGUGAAGAGAAUCAAACAAAGGUUCGAUUUUUAUUUUUGUUUCUUGAUGUGGGUCUUUUGAUUAGAUGGAUACUUUGUUUAGACUAGUCAGUCUUCAAUCUGAUCAGUCUUUGAAUUAUUCGAGUAGAACUUCAAGCAGUUCUAGAUCUUCUAGACAAAACCCUAAUUACGAAGAAGAUAAAGAAUGCUUCAACGUUUUCAUGGAUGAAGAAGACUUUUCUUCUUCUUCUUCAAGACACUAUCAUCCCUAUCAACAGCAGCAGACCUCAAACACUCCCACACCCACCAACAUUAGCGGUGGCGGCGGCAGCGCCACCCCAACUCAUCAUCAUCUUCCUAGUUAUGAUCAAUCAGCUGAUCAAUUCUCUUCCUCAUUUACAAAUGACAUAAACCUUGAAUUUGAAUCAUCAUUCUCUGGUAAAAACAGCAAGUGGGCUUCUGACAUCCUCCUCGAGACAGCAAAGGCCAUUGCUAAUAGAAACAGUGCUCGGGUUCAGCAGCUUAUGUGGAUGCUUAAUGAGCUAAGUUCACCCUAUGGCGACAUCGAUCAAAGGCUUGCUUCUUACUUCCUACAAGCAUUAUUUAGCCGCAUGACGGAUUCCGGUGAUCGUACUUAUCGCACUUUGAUCUCAGCUGCCCAGAAGAACUGCUCCUUUGAAUCCACAAGAAAAAUGGUAUUGAAAUUCCAGGAGGCAAGUCCUUGGACUAUGUUUGGGCAUGUUGCUAGUAAUGGUGCAAUUUUGGAGGCUCUUGAUGGUGAAAGCAAGUUACAUAUAAUUGAUAUAAGCAAUACGUAUUGCACACAGUGGCCUACUUUGCUUGAAGCCCUAGCCACUCGCACAGAUGAAACCCCUCACCUGCGGCUGACGACGGUGGUGGCCGGAAAAGGUGGCGACACCGACGGAGGUGCUGCUGCAGUACAGAAGGUGAUGAAAGAGAUAGGAAGUAGAAUGGAAAAGUUUGCUAGACUUAUGGGUGUGCCCUUUAAGUUCAAUAUCAUAUACCAUGCAGGCGAUUUAUCAGAACUGAAUUUAGCUGAAAUGGACAUUAAAGAAGAUGAAGCACUUGCUAUAAAUUGUGUUGGGGCCUUACGUUCCGUUACAACAAUUGGUAAUCGCAGGGACUUUUUGAUGUCCAUGUUUAGAAGAUUAUCGCCUAGAAUUAUCACAGUUGUUGAAGAAGAAGCUGAUCUAGAUAUUGGUGCUGAUGGUCUUGAAUUUGUUAGGGGAUUUGAAGAAUGCUUAAGAUGGUUUAGAGUUUACUUUGAGUCAUUAGACGAAAGCUUUCCAAAAACAAACAAUGAACGUCUGAUGCUGGAACGGGCCGCCGGGCGAGCGGUGGUUGACCUGGUGGCUUGCCCUCCGGCGGAGUCGAUCGAGCGGCGGGAGACGGCCACGCGCUGGUCAAAUCGUCUACAUGCAGGGGGAUAUAUCCCAGUUUCAUUCAGUGAUGAAGUGUGUGAUGAUGUACGCGCUUUUUUGAGGAGGUACAAGGAGGGUUGGUCAAUGGCACAGUGCUCAGAUUCCGCCGGAAUAUUCCUUUCGUGGAAGGAUCAGCCGGUGGUGUGGGCUAGCGCAUGGAAGCCAGUUUGAUUAUGACAUGUAUAACGUGUGUUGGCAAAGUGCAUGGAAGCCAGUUGGUGAAUUAAUUUGUUGAAAGGAGAAUGGAAAAUGCUGGGAGAAGAGCACUAAAGGUAUUGUUGUUUGUUUUCUUUUAAUUCAAAGAAUUUCAAGUAAAAAAUCUUACUAAUCUUGUUAACAUAUCGUGAUUUUCAUUUUUUUUUUUUCCUUUUUGAGUUAUCUUGAAAGAUUGGUUUUGGCAUUGUCUUCGAAUUUUUUUUACGAGGAUCGCAUUAUGUGUUCGCUAGGACGCACCAUAUAACACUAGCUAGCAAAAAAAAAAAAAAAAAAUUAAAAUCUUAAUUAUUGUAACAUGCGAUCAGAUUAGUCCAAUACUAUGUCUUAAACAUAUGCACGUCUACUUUUUACUAAGAAAUGAAAAGUCUUUCUUGAAUUA